AUGGAGAUCCUCAGCGUGACUGGAGGAGUCAUGCGGGCAGUAUCUGGAAUGCGAGCUGCGACGCAACAUAAGAGUCUUGAGCAAGAGAUCCGAGGUCGGAUGAAUGACAUCAGACGGUUUUUGAUGGCAUUCUCUGUACCAAUCCAAGACAGCGCACCACACAUCUACAUCUCAUCUCUCCCAUUCAGUCCACGGAAGUCAGUACUUCAUACGGAGGGUUUAAAGGAGUAUAUGAAUUCGUUAAUUGUGACCAAAGGGCUUGAAGAAACAUUUCGUGGGCUUCCCAGAACGCUGCUAGGUCACCAGGGUAGUGUCACAGGGAUUUCAUUCUCUCCAGAUGGCACGCGAAUGGUCUCUGGCUCAAGCGACAGGACAAUUCGACAGUGGGAUGCAGAGACUGGCCUGCCAUUGGGAAAGCCACUCCAAGGUCAUGAAUCCUCAGUGAACGCUGUCGCAUUCUCACCAGACGGCACACGAAUCGUCUCUGGCUCAAGCGACAGGACAAUUCGACAGUGGGAUGCAGAGACUGGCCAGCCAUUGGGAGAGCCACUCCAAGGUCAUCGAUCCUGGGUCAACGCUGUCGCAUUCUCACCAGAUGGCACACGAAUCGUCUCUGGCUCAAGCGACAAGACAAUUCGACAGUGGGAUGCAGAGACUGGCCAGCCAUUGGGAGAGCCACUCCAAGGUCAUGAACACGAGGUCAUGGCUGUCGCAUUCUCACCAGAUGGCACACGAAUCGUCUCUGGCUCAAGCGACAGGACAAUUCGACAGUGGGAUGCAGAGACUGGCCAGCCAUUGGGAGAGCCACUCCAAGGUCAUGAACGCGAGGUCAUGGCUGUCGCAUUCUCACCAGAUCGCACACGAAUCGUCUCUGGCUCAAGGGACAGCACAAUUCGACAGUGGGAUGCGGAGACUGGCCAGCCAUUGGGAGAGCCACUCCAAGGUCAUGAAUCCCGGGUCAACGCUGUCGCAUUCUCACCAGAUGGCACACGAAUCGUCUCUGGCUCAAGCGGCAGGACAAUUCGACAGUGGGAUGCAGAGACUGGCCAGCCAUUGGGAGAGCCACUCCAAGGUCAUCAAUCCUCGGUGAACGCUGUCGCAUUCUCACCAGAUGGCACACGAAUCGUCUCUGGCUCAAGCGACAAGACAAUUCGACAGUGGGAUGCAGAGACUGGCCAGCCAUUGGGAGAGCCACUCCAAGGUCAUGAAUACUCGGUGAACGCUGUCGCAUGCUCACCAGAUGGCACCCAAGUUGUCUCUGGCUCCAUUGGUACGACAAUUCAAAUCUCGAGUUCGGACAAUGGUGGUGGACCCGGUGGAGGCGCAUACCGUGGAAUGCUUGAGGAUGUCGAGGAGACCAAUGCGGAUGCAGAUGUGGAUGCUGAUGCUGACGCCGGAUCUCUCAAGUAA